CCAAAUAAUAAUACUUUGUUAAAUAAAAGUGCCAUUUGAACUAUUGCCUCAGCCACAAUGCCUUCUUCAACCGUCUCUUAUACCGCGCAAAAUGGAACUCGAGAGCCCGGUCUUAUGCACCGCUCUCUCGUUGAACGCCCUCAUCAAGUUGUCUCCGGCUCGGGAAUCUAUCUUACUCUCGCCGAUGGCUCUCGCAUUAUCGAUGCAUGUGGCGGCGCCGCCGUGGCAGUCAUUGGUCAUGGCAACAAAGAAAUCCAAGAGGCCGUUAUACAGCAGUACUCUGACGUCGCAUACGUGCACACCAUGACUUAUACAACUUCGAGUGCUGAAGAGUUGGCCAACGAGCUCACAGAGUUGAGUAAACCAUUUGGUUUGACCAAGGCCUUCUUUGUCUGCUCCGGCAGUGAGGCUAUGGAUGCGACUAUGAAGCUUGCGCGGCAGUAUCAUUUUGAGAAUGGCCAGCUGCAGAGGAAGAAGUUUGUUUCCAGGAGACAGGCCUACCACGGUGGCACAAUUGGGGCCAUGAGCGUGAGCAGCAAUCUUCCUAGGAAAAUACCAUAUGAGGGCGCCUUGUUGCUUGACAACGUUAGCUAUGUUAGCCCGGCAUAUGCAUAUCAUGGCCAGUUGGACGCUGAAACCGAGGAUCAAUACGCCUCCAGGCUGGUACAGGAGCUAGACGACGAAUUCCAGCGACAGGGCCCCGAAACAGUCAUUGCUUUCGUGGCAGAGACUGUGGGAGGAGCCACGGCGGCCUGCAUCACGCCCCCAAGGGGAUAUUUCGCAGGCGUGAGAAAGGUAUGCGAUAAGUAUGGCAUCCUGCUCAUCUUGGACGAAGUCAUGUGUGGCAGCGGCCGGAUGGGAACGUACUUUGCCUUUGAGCCAGAGGGGGAUGUGCGACCCGAUCUGCUCACGCUGGGAAAAGGCCUCGGAGGAGGAUAUGCGCCAAUUGCGGGAAUCCUCAUCAGCCAGAAAGUUGUCGACGUGUUGACAAAGGGAACAGCGAGCUUUGUUCACGGCCAGACGUAUCAGGCUCACCCAACGAGCUGCGCGGCCGCCCUGGCUGUCCAGCGAGUCUUGAAGCGCGACAACUUGGUAGCAAAGUGUCUCACCAAAGGAGCUUUCCUGGAACAGCGACUACGGUCUGCUCUCGGAGACGCAAAAUUCGUGGGCGAGAUCCGCGGAAGAGGCUUUUUCUGGGGCAUCGAAUACGUGCAAGACAAAGCCUCAAAACAGCCGUUUAAGCCAGAAGUGAAGUUUGGCAAGAGGGUUCAUGCUGCGGCGCAUGAUCGCGGCUUGGCCAUCUAUCCAGGGGCAGGGACUAUAGAUGGCAUUAACGGCGAUCAUUCGAUUCUGGCGCCGCCCCUGACUGCAACGGAGGAGGAACUUGAGGAGAUGGUGAGGUUGCUAAAGGAGGCAUACGAUGCGGUGGAAGAGGAGUUGGGCUCUACGACUGUAUAAAUGAGCUGGUAAAUGAUUAUUAAAUAGUAAUAGGAGCGCUGUAGAAUAAAAUUCCAAAACCAAAAUAAUAUGUACAAACAAAAGGACAUCUUAUAAAUGCAGCAGAAGCA